CAUUUUGCUGUGACAAUAAUAAAUAGCAGAUAAGAAUAAGAAUCUAAUCGGUGAGUGACUAGUAUUUGAUGGUUAUACAAACUUGUAGUGAAGCAUUGUGUCGUUAGAGGGCGCCAACGAUACGAUCCUGAAAAUUAAUAUUUGUUUCAAUAUUGUUUGGUAAACAACACAACAUAAAUUUAAUGGUAAUUAAGUAUUUAAAUGAAAAAAUAAUUAAAAUUCAAUCAAAUUUUAUAGCAUUUCGUGAAGUUAUAAGUAUUUUGUGAUAAAUUGUGUUAGAAGUGAUUUCUGCGGGUAAAACAAAGUUUGAGGCCCUAGCAACCGAUAUCUGCAGGCGGCGGGCGCCAGCUGGCCGGCCGGCAGCGCCGCCACCACCACCGCAGCUGCCGCCGCCGCCAGUGCCGCGUCGAUCGUUCACACGAGCGGUGAGGGUGUUUCGCUCGGCCCCCGUGUGUGCUCGACCGCCGCUCGGCCCCGGCCGCGGGCCGCCGCCGCCGCAGCCGUCGCCGCCUACGUGCAUGUGCUGGCCUGAGGCACGAUGGGGGCCACCGCCAGCCGUGACGACGACGCUGACGACGACACCGACGAUGAUCUUUCCAGCAGUCGGCGGCCAUCAAACACGACUGAUAGUGAAGUAGCAUGUGAAGAGGCAGCACGUCUGACGGCGGAAGAACAAGGCGACUAUGAUUACGCAGAGGAAUACUGCGAUUACCACGAUAUCCCGCCACCUCCAGAUGGAGGCUACGGCUGGGUGGUGGUAUUCGCCAGUUUUAUGUGUAACAUGAUUGUUGAUGGCAUAGCGUACACCUUCGGUAUUUUCAAUCCUCAGUUCGUCACAUAUUUUGAGGAACCUGUUGGCAAAACUGCGUGGGUGGGUUCGCUGUUAUCCGGCAUGUACUUAGCAGCUGGGCCGGUGGUUAGCGCGUUAACGAACAAAUAUGGCUGCCGAGCUGUAUGCAUUGCCGGUAGUUUAAUAUCAACGAUUGCGUUUGUUCUGUCCAUCUUCAGUCCGAAUGUGAAUGUCCUAAUGGUGACCUAUGGUGUGAUGGGUGGGUUUGGAUUUGGGUUGAUUUAUCUGCCAGCCGUAGUCUGUGUUGGGUACUACUUUGAGACCAAACGGUCUCUGGCUACUGGUAUUGCAGUAUGUGGUUCUGGAGUGGGGACGUUUGCGUUCGCACCUCUGGCGUCCGCCUUGAUAGAUGCCUACGAUUGGAAGGGUGCUAAUUUGAUUCUAGCUGGAUUGAUCCUCAACUGUGCGGCGUUUGGUGCACUCAUGAGACCCUUAGAAUAUCCUAAAGAAUCCGGGGAGAAGCCACUAUUGCAACGCAUGGCGGAAGAGCGACGUAUUCAAAUGGAGCGCGGGUCUAUUGGUGGUUCCUACUUUAUGGUACAAUUACCUGAUGGUACCAUGGAGAAACGCCAGAAACAACCGCUUAAUAUUGACCCAGGUGUACACUCUAGUUUUAACCUCGAUCAACUGGGACCUGGGACACCUAUGUCUACCAUUCCUACAGUCCCAACACUACCGACCAUCACCGAAGUCAAAAUGCAGGAGGUCAAUAGUGGGACGAACUCAUCGUCUGGUUCCCACAGUGAGUUGUUAAAGAAUUCGCGGAAUACUAGAGUUGAAGAAAUGAAAAAUGGAGAUGGCCGAAAGGGUUCGACAGAUUCAAGUGGCGAGUUUGAUGGGGGCAGACUUCCAAGGAAUGCUAGCCAACCUGCAUUCACUACACACGUUCAGGGAUUGCCUAAAAAUGGUUCAGUGCCAUUUUUCGACCGUAUGCGAAAACCUUCAGUCGGUGAACGCUUUAAGCCUACUUUGAACCCUAUCAAGUCUAGUUCCCGCGGUACGAUGAGCUCCAAUGCGGAUAUUAAGAGAAGCAUGAGGUCCUUUGGGAGUCGAAACAACAAUAGUGAUGAUACUGAAAGUGUUGGUUUCGCUUCUUCGAAAAUGUCUCUCGCGAGAGAGAAGCCGCAGAUGGUGCGACCACUGUCUCGUAAGGACAUCUUUUACUCAGGAUCAGUUCUGAACCUGCCGCAAUAUCAGUCGAAGCAAUCGCUCGCCAGUUACCGCCAGAGCGUCGUCAGCAUUCCGAAAGCAAGCCGUGGCGAGAUGGGCGAUGUUGAGAAACAAGAACAAUAUGAUUUGUGUCCUUGUCUAGUAUUACCUGACAGUUUCAAAUCUGCUUUGGGACAGUUAAUGGAUGUCUCCCUGUUGAAAAAUCCGGUGUUCAUGUUGAUUGCCAUUUCGAAUUUGUUUGGAAUGGCCGGACUCUAUGUUCCAUUUGUUUAUCUUGUAGAAUGCGCCAAGUUAGAUGGUAUUGAUAAAGAAAGCGCUUCCUUCUUAAUCUCCAUCAUCGGCAUCACAAACACCUUCGGCCGUAUCGCCUGCGGUUACUUCGCGGAUUUCCCGCAGGUGAACGCGCUAUUUGUUAACAACAUCUGCCUUGUGAUUUCUACCAUUGCGGUAGCUCUGACGCCAUUUUGUCAUUCGUACGGUGCUUACAUCACGAUGGCCAUUUUCUUUGGUCUUGCAAUUUCCGGCUAUAUUUCGCUAACUUCAAUUAUCCUCGUGGACUUGCUUGGUUUAGACAAAUUGACAAAUGCAUUCGGUCUACUGAUUCUUUUCCGUGGUGCUGCCGCCAUUGUGGGUUCCCCACUAGCUGGAGCAUUAUACGAUAGUACACAGUCGUAUUCCGUUCCAUUCUUCGUCGCUGGUGGAUUGUUUGCCGUUUCGGCAGUGGCGAGCUUCCUCGCGCCGUGUGCGAAACGUUUUGCUCCGGAUACUGCUCAACCUGCCGGAGCGGACGAUGCGCUCACGCCGAUCGACGAGGAUGAAGAGGAAGAAGAUGGGCCGAUCACCAUCGGCAAGAACAUCCCAAUGAUUAUCGCGCAGAGCCCCGGCGAGCACGAAAUCAAGCAGAUUGAGUCCGUGUUGUAGAGUUUUAACAGAAGGGAGCUAAUAUUGUACAUAUUAUUACCUAGGACUUUUUCAUCAUUUCGUUUUGAGCGACGCCAUUUUGUACGCACAUUUAAAUUAUAAAAUGGCGCCGGCGGCGUAUGCGAUGGGAAGAAAACUAAUGACGUCGUCUAUUACUAUUCAAUAAUUAAUUUCUAGUUCAUACAAAUAAUAUUUUAAACAAAUGUUUUACUUCAUAUUUAAGGUAAAAGCUGGCGAUGCAGAGUUUUAUAACACAGCGGAGGUAUUUUCUAUGUUGCAUCAAACAUGUGUGUUUUUACGAGAGCCAGUAUUUGAGUGCUAGUGUAGGAUGAUGAUUAAAAGAUGACUUACGAUUAUUUUUGAGGCACACAGCCCUCCCGUGAAACAGUUUCGUGCCAAUUCAAAAGCGCAAACACACACACAUACUAUUUGUGUAUUUAUUAUUAUGUUGUCUAAGCUUCUAAUUCUUGUUGAUGAAUUGUUGAAAAUCAAAAAUUAAUUCUAUUCUUGUAGCCGAAACAAACAAAUUAUCUUUAUAUUGAUUAAUUUCGUAUGCAUGACAUGAACGUAGUAUGUGAGCGCGAAUGAUACGAAUGUACGAACUCCUCAACGUGAUUGUUACCGAGGAAAUAAGAGUCAUGUCCAAUUCAUACAUAAACGCGAUCGUAGCAACUUUUUAAAUGUGCUCAGGAUUAACGGACAGAGUAUUUAUUGAGUUACCACAAUGUAAGAUUAAGGGAAUGAAAAACACUGACGACGAAUGAGUUAGAGUUAAUAACGAAGUGGAUACAGAAUUAUUCUAGAUACGAAAACGCAAUUAAAUUUGAAGCAAAAACAAUACGCGCUAAACGUGUAGGCUGACUGUUAGCCUUGUUAAAUAGAAGAACUUAGUACCUGUGCACCACAUAUUACUCUUAUUAUUCAAUCAUUGUAUUAUAUUAUAUGAUAAAUGUAUCUAUAAGUAUAAACAAUUUUCAUUUCAUGGUAUUACUUAUGAAAAGAACAAGAAAUAUAUACAAAAUGUGAUCUCUUAAAGUA